UUUUUUACCGCGCAUAUGUAAUAUCCAGCUGCUUAACGCACAAUUAUCUUACUUCCAUUACAUAAUCGAACAAGAACCAUAUUUCGCGCAUUUUUGAUCAGUCAGUUGUUUUUUUAACACCUCUAUAAAGUCUGUGAUUUUUAUCUUUUUCGACUUCCUUACAUAAGCUUUCACAAUACCGGGAUAUAUCCAUAUAUCCGUACAAUGAGGCUUAUCGGACUUUGUUUGAUUAUUGCGGGCGUUGCCUCCGCCAAAACGUUGGUUAAGCGGGCAAGCGAACAAAACCCGAAAGUCUUCAGCGCGCUUGACCAACUGCGCGGCGGAUCUACAAAACACAAACUGGAAGUGGAUGAAAUUCAAGAACUUUUCUACAGUGUCCGACCCGGCGAAGAUUUCCCCUUGCUAGCCGAAGUACCGAAAGAUGUUCACGUUGACUGUGCAUCCUUCCAUCAGCCUGGUUUCUACGCCGAUGUGGACACCGGUCGCUGCCAGUUAUUCCAUCGAUGCGACAUUAACGGCAACCUAACCAGCUUCCUCUGUCCAAACGAAACGUUAUUCAAUCAAAUCACGUUAGUUUGUGACUGGUGGUUCAACAUCGACUGCGCGCAAACCAAACAAUUCUACGAUUACUCCAAUAGCCGGUUAUAUCAAGAGGGAUCACCUUUAUUAGAUGAUGAACCGAAUUACGUAAUGGAAGUCACCGGUGCGGUACAGUCCAACGGAAACGAGAAGCGAGCGAAGCGUCACGAAAACAGUGUUGCCAGAUAAGCGAUUUGCCUAACAGCUGUAUGAAUGACAUCCUGCUCGUGCUUGUAACUAUUUAUCUAAUCCCUUUUUCUGACGAUGUUUAAAAGGGUCUAAUUUAAUGGGAACUGAAACCUAAAGUAUUAUUUUCUAAUUCCGUAAUAAAACCGCUUUCUUAUGCUGGCAUAA